AUGGGCAGGUCUCCUUGUUGCGACGAGAGUGGCCUCAAGAAAGGUCCUUGGACCCCUGAAGAAGAUCAAAAACUUGUCAAAUAUAUCCAAAAGCAUGGCCAUGGAAGCUGGAGAGCCCUCCCUAAACUUGCUGGUCUUAAUAGAUGUGGAAAGAGUUGCAGGUUAAGGUGGACGAACUAUUUAAGGCCGGACAUCAAAAGAGGGAAAUUUUCCCAAGAAGAAGAACAAACAAUUCUAAAUCUCCAUUCCGUCCUUGGCAACAAAUGGUCUGCAAUUGCAACCCACCUACCAGGCCGGACCGAUAAUGAAAUAAAAAAUUUCUGGAAUACCCACCUGAAGAAAAAACUCAUCCAAAUGGGUUUUGAUCCCAUGACUCACAGACCUCGAACCGAUAUCUUCUCAAGCUUGCCACAUCUUAUAGCUUUAGCUAACCUGAAGGAACUCAUGGAUCACCAUUCAUUGGAAGAGCAUGCUCUAAGACUACAAACAGAAGCUGCUCAAAUGGCAAAACUUCAAUAUCUGCAAUAUCUCCUUCAACCUCAAGCUCCUGCAGCUUCUAAUAUGGCAACAAGCUCAAACAACCUAAACACUAUCGGUACUUUUAGUGACAUGGAGGCUUUUAAUCUUUUGAAUUCACUUUCUUCAAUCAAGGAUAGCCCAGUGUCAAGUUUAUCUCAGUUGGAUUUAUCAGCAUCCUCUCUUCAAGGGAUCAAUGAUUCAAUCUCCUUCUCUCAUUUACCUGACCUACAAAUCCCUUGCAACUAUCAAACACCACCAAACAAGGACAUGGUCCAAGCUCCUGAGUUGACAGUGUUUAGUCAAGGAGAGGACUCACCCAAUUCUCCAUGGCAGCUUCCUUCCUCUUCAACUCCAUCUCCUCCUUCAGUAGUUCCUCCUGUAGCGCAGACUUCAAGCAUGAUCAACAACUUGGGAGAUGCCUCUAGUGCUUCAAGCUAUGGAGGAGAAGCUCCUUUAGCAUGGCACGACCUCCUCGAAGACCCCUUGUUUCAUGAUAUUGCUUAG